CGCCGCUGGAGAACGUGCCUUUGACAGCAGAUAUGGCCUCCGCGCCCCGAUUCCUUUGAAUUUCGAGCAGAAAUGGCAACGCGAGUGGCCGCUUUUACGGCCAAAAUCCGGAACCUGCACGACUUCCAACUGCGGCUUCUGCAUGGAAUCGUUCCUGUGCCCUCCGGCUUGGACAUCGCAAACACCAUCAAAAGUUUUUCGCAAAUAUUAUUAUGUGUUCUGAAGGAUGUGCCGUACUCACCGUUGGAAAUGCUGCGCAAUUGCGAGCAGGACACGGCCCGCAUGGCCCUGUUCCCCAACCUGGACUACAAGGGUCUGUACAACGCCAUCGUCCAGCUGAUGGACGUGGCGCCGCUCAUCCAGUACGGCCUCCACUCGUUCGGACAGGCCGUCCUGCAGUGUCUCGGCUGCCUGCUGUCCUUCCUGGACGCCGAGACCAUCGACACGCUGCCCUACCUGGUGGCCAGUUCGAUGGCCGUGCUACCGGACACGCUGCACCAGGAGAUCGUCAACUGCCUCUGCUUCUACAUUCUGCCGUUCACGAUCACGAGAAAACCUCAAUCUGAGGAAGAAGAUCGACAGCACCAGCAUUUACAAAUUGAAGAAACCUACGCCAGUCAGUCUGUUUCUGCUAUUCUAAUGAUGGUUUUCCAGUUUUCAAACAAUUCAGCUCACCACUGCCAACUGCUUGAAUGCUUGAUGUCAAUGAAACCAGGGGUGGUGAAGGACCUGCUGUGCAUCGUCGCAUACGGAACGGCCGGGGCGAGGGCGAGUGCGGCCAAACUGCUUUUCUACUACUGGCCGCCUUUCAACAUCAACGCCAUUGAGAAAAGAACGCCGACCCACCAGGUCCGGUUGGCGGUGCAAAAUAGAGCCCCUUGUCCGUCUGUUUCAGCCGACUGGCCGCCGCUGUUGUGCCAAAGGGACUCUUGUCCCAACACUGGAACUGCCGAAGCGGCUAAAGUUUGUUUUGAUCACGGCGCAAGCAUUACUUUUGCCAAUGAAAAGCCGCCACCGCUUUAUUUGUGCAUCGAGUGUGCAAAUGAGAUUCAUAGGUGCUCUGCAAACCUCAGUUUCCAUGACGUCAUUCACCCCAUGCAGCAGGUUGCUCUAUUUUGCGAGAGCAAAAGCUGCCGCUCUUCGGACAAACAGGCAGUGUCGGUGUGUUUUUCAAUGGAGUGCGCCUCAUACAACACAAACCACCCUAUCAGACACUGCAGGUCUUGCCACCAAUCUCGCCACAACAACCGCAGGGGUUACGAUCACGUUUACCACACGGCACUCACUUCUGCAUGGAAAAUGGAAGUUGAAGUUCAAACUUUCUUGAUUGAAUCUAUCGUCAGUUUGUUGCAAGAAGCGAGCAAUGCUGGUUCAAUUCCCGAGAGCUCCUCCGUCAAAGAGGGUCUCCAAAUGCUGAACGUGCAGAGCAACCUGAUGGACCUGCACGCCAGCAAGUCUGCCGGCACCCUGAGUGUCAACUCGUCGCAAACGCUUGACACCGUCGAGGACAAACUUAUGAUGUCAAGACAUGGGGUUUGGCUUCUGGUUAGUCUUUGCUGGCCCUCGGCCGAAAGUGAUUCCGAAACUAUCGGGAGGCUGAUCAGCAUGUUGUGCAACUGGUACGCUGCAACUGCCUACAUAAGUGACCAUCUGGAGAGUCCGAGUGAAAAGCUCAAAACUGAGCACGUGGCCCCUUGGAUCGCGGCCGUAAUUGAAAAUCAUCCUCAAAUUUUGGUUUCCUGCCUGCUGCCCCACCCGCCCGAAUACGCUCGAAUGGGUGGCCACUGGGAAACGUUGAGCGGAAAAAGCUCACAUUUGAAGGCAGGCUUGAACCGUCUUUUGUGUUUGGUUCCGUACGAAGUGGUGACCCCUGAAAUCUGGGACCAAGUGAUGCCCCACUGGAUGGAGGCCCUGGUCUCCGACUCAAACGCAAACUCCAGUCAGAGAUUCGGAAUCAACUCAACCAUGAACACCGAGGUUGCGUCGCAAAUUUCCAUUCUGUUAAGCAAACUUCUCGACCCUGAAAUGAGUCCGUUGGGCUUUGACUCCAAAACGAUGUACAAUUUUCUAAUUGUACGCUUCAGCAGGACAUCUGCUUCUGUUCAAAAGCAAACUCUUACUUGGAUUCAAUUUCUCACGUCUCUGGAGAUUGUGGUGCAAAUCAACAUUUUGAUGAAAAUGUUUGGUGAAGGAGUUAGAACUAUGAAAGUUGCCAAUCCCGAGGAUGCCAAAUAUCUGCGCAAACCAAGCAAUUUGGAGAAACUGAGCAGUUUGCAGGAUAACGGCUCUAGAAAAACAAGCAUUUCUCCAGUAGUCGAAGACGAUUCUGACCAAAACUCACCUUUGUCCGAAGACGAGGGCCCAGCAAAUAACGCCAGCAGUGAAAAUGGUUUUCAAUCCGAUCCAGAAUUGAAUCUAUCCUGCUGCAUAAUGAUGCUGGAUAUUCUCCUCAAACAAAUGCAACUGCAAAGUAUGGAGAGGCACUCUGGCAUUUGGGGCGCCUUGGCCACCGAUAUUUGCCGCCUCUUGCGCAACAUGAUCAUCUCGCCCUGGGUCACCAGUCACAGGUGUGACGAAAAGAGAGGAGAGGAGUGUCUAUUUUGCGAGUCGAGGGUCAUCUGGCACCAAAUGGCCCUCAAUUUGGUCACCUACAUCGCACCUGAUUUGCCACAACAGCAACCAGAGAGUGAGAUUGAAGUUUUCUCCAGUGAGGAUAUUGAGAAAGGUAAGAACAAGUCGUCGCCUGACUCUGAGAAAAAGCAAGAAAUGCGGCCGUCAGACGUGGUCAUCACGAUGCCACUUCCAGAAACGCACACCGUGGGAAAUGUGUUAGUCAACAUGCCGCAGCUCUUUGUAAGUGAUAGUUGGAUAUCAUCCCAAGUCAGAACAAUUAUGACCGCCACGGUCGAGACUGUGUCGGAGCAAUUAGAUUUGGCGCCGAUCAUUCCGUCGGAAAGAGUUGUACCCGCCAUUGCCAGGGCCGUAACUAUCACUGAUACUGAUGUUGCAACAGCUACAGUUCAUGUGCAAAAGGCCACGCUGGUGGGCGAGAAUGACCAGCCUAUUGACAUAGAUCAGCCGGCUGACAACAGGGAAUUUUGGAAAACGUCUGUUGGGAAAUUUUGGUUCAGUUUUGGUGACCUUCCAGAUCAGCUGCAGUACUGCCAUCAAUUGCUGAAGGAGCUACCAACUACAACCGAGCCAGAUGUGCUCUAUCACAUUCUGCAGUCCCUGCACAUUCUUUUGCUGCAUGGCGAUGCCCUGGUCAAAGCGUCGAGGGAUCACCGUGGUUUUCUGAUUUGGUGCCAAGAAAAUCUUUUGAUUGAAAACUUGUGGAAUCUACUAAAUGCAGAGCAUGGCCACAUUUGCGAAAUCUGCGUCCCUGUUCUUUUGCACUGCAUAACUUUGCCCUGCGGACUGGACGUUUUUUGGAACGUUGUCCAAAAAGCGUUUCACCAUCAAGAUUGGAAGCAGAGAUUCACGGCAGUUGAGAGAGUGACGGUGAUCGCCCGGUUCCUGGACAGCACCCCUUUGAGAAACCAACAAGCGUUGCAGUCCGCUUUGGCCAACGCGUUCUGCUACCUGAUCUCGAGUAUGGAUGACAUCAACGUCCAGGUGGCGCAAAGGGCCACCCUUUUCAUUGGCACUGUGCACGACAGGGCCAUCAAGUCGCUGGUCACUUGUCUCGAGUCACAGUUUGACAGCGUCAUCGUGGACAGACCCAUGGUGCUGCAGUCCCUCUACCAGCUGCACAACUCAAUGAGUGACAGACACAUUUUGUCCUGGGACUUUUUCCUUAAUCGCUUCGACACGCUGUUUAUCGAGGCGCAAAUCAAUGCUGAGAAAUGCGGGGACAUCACAUACUUGAGAGAUCUGCGCAAUUCCGACUUGAACAGUGAAACCUUUUUGCGCAAAUUGAACCGCGCCCAUGAGGCCCUGAGCCAGUCUGACACAAGCAACUCGGGGGGCAGCGCCCAAGGCCCCAGUCAAGCUGACUCACCGACGAGCAGUGCCGCCGCCAACGUUCCCCACCAGCCGCCCCCGCUCAUCAAAACCCUGAGUGCCAGUUUCGGCACCAAGUGGCCCUACAAACGCACCAUGUCCGCGCCCGCACAGAUGCUUCCGAGGGCUGAUAAAACAGGAAGUACCAAUGUGAUAGACAAAGAAAAGGUCUACAACCGUCAGUUUUCGGCGCCUGUGCUCAAAAGACGCAGUUCUGGCAGAUUUGGGCUUGAGGGACAAAUGCACACAAGCAACAUAAUGGAAGACGUCCAGGUGUGCGGCCUGCUUCAAAGAAUAAUCGAAUUCGAAGAGUCGGAUAGCGAAACUAUCCAUCUUUUGGUUUUUCUUCUGAUGCAAUUCAUGUCCAGACCUGACCAAGCUUUCCCAACGGAUGAUAAAAACAUUGCAAAAGUUCAGAACAUUGUUCUCCGGCACAUGUAUCUACUUCUCGGAUACAACUGGUCUGAACGCGGAUUUUACGUUUCGGCACAAAAGCUAAGAAAUUCAGCAAUCUUUCGCGUCUUCAUGGCAAAUCUCCCGCAACUGUUGGACCACAACCACCUUUUAGGCUUGCUCACCCUUCCAACUGUGCUCACCCUCCUGAUUUACUGCCCCUCCAGUCAGCACUAUUCCUCCACAUUUGUUGGAAAUCACGAAAUUCUCAGCAACUCUAGCAACUACACGUUGUGGCUCCUCGAGCCUCAAAUCAGACGAAACUGGUUUAUUUCACUCCUUGUUAUUCUGUACAAGUACCAAUUCAACCAGCCACUUUUCUACAACCAACUGCAGUAUUUGAUUCGCAUUGUGUUGAACACUUUGGACGCCCAGCAACACUACUGCAGGCGCAUCCCAGGCACUCUUGUGAUCGGUUCACUUCCGAGUAGGUCAAGAGAUGUGAGCCAACCUUCUUUAGGAAAUGCUUGUGGUGACGUGAGCAUGGAUAACGCUUGCGAAUCACCAACCAUGCCUCAGAUGCAAGAUCAUUCUGGGGCCAUUGCUAGACCGGCCAAAUUUGUGACGAAUAGUAUGGAAACGCACUGGGAGGAAGACAUUCAGGUGCACCAGGCAGCCGACGAAAUGGAAAAUGGAAAGCGCCAACCAUCCAGCUUCGAGGCCGAUGACACUGAAUCUGAGUUAGCAGCGAUUCCUGAAAGUCCACAGUCUGGCAGCACAAUUCACCAAAGCCUCCAUGGUUCAUUUGAGGAGCUUGUUUCAUGCACGGUUGUCGAGGAAGCGCGAGUUUCUGUAGUGGAGCAGCCAGCUGUGGCAACUGUUGUCAUUUCUAGAGCAAAUGUUGUCGUUUCGGAAAAACCAAGGUUCGGAAAAGAGCAGCCGCGCACUAUUUCAAUCGAGCCAACGUGGGCUACUGCUGAAGUGUGCCAAGCAGCCACUGUUGUUCACUCCUCUCCUCGAAGCACAACUAAACCAUUCCGAGUUUCUCAGCAACACUCAAUCAGAUCCGAAGAUUACUUCUUUGGCUCUCCCGAUUCGCCACUUUCGAAAAUGGAAGUGCAGACAAUUUCUUCUCCGAUUGAAGUUAAAGAGGCUGACUUCAGUCUUUUAUCCUCACUGGAGAUUCCGAAUCAGGAGAGACUCUUGCCAAUUGGUUCGAGCCGAGAGACGGUGUACAAUUUUGCAGACAAAAUGAAAACCUGCCUCCACCUGAGUGACAUCGAACCCUCGACUUCGAGGCCAAAAGAUUUGGAGUCGAAGGUGGAAAAGCAGGACAGCCGCAGCUCCCCUCGCAUCCUGAAAAAGCAAACGGCGCUAGUGGAGUCGCCACCCCACAUGUACACUUCACCCUUUGCUCAGGCGACCUCCAGCAAGGUCGAGGAGCACGUCAGUGACGAAGGAACACACUUGCACAAAAACUGGCACCACCACGACAGAAAGCAUCGUGAAGAAAAAGGUCGGCCAAGGUCAAGGAAGGGUGGCCUUUUCUCCGUAGCGGCUACUCAGGCUACAAGUCACACUGUCAGACCAGCUGGUUCUUGGCACCCUGGUACACAAGGGGCGGAAGGUCAGCCAGACCUCAAUAAUGAAGGCGGUGCGAAAUGGACAGAAGAUCAGGUUUUGGAGCGCUGCUCAGAGUGUGGCCUCACCAUUGAAGAGUACACGCCUGAAGAUGUGGGCCUCUGCAUCAUCAUUCUGGGCACUUUCAUGCACGGGGAACCAAAUUUAGCUGCCCCAAUGCUGCCCGAAAUUCUCCGAAUCGUCUCAAAAGUUUCCCAAAACGCUCCCUUUUACUGGCAAAACGAUUCAAAGACCCACUUGCCAGGCAGCACCGUGAGCGUCGCCAACCAAUUUUUGCGCUGCGUCCUCCACCAACUCGCUCCAAAUGGAAUUUUCACCCAAAUUUUCCAAACUCAAGUGCCAGAGCAAAUGAAGCUCCAGUUUUUCCGGAGUGUGGCUCAAGCGCUGCUGGACUUUACAGACUUGAAUCCAGUCCAACCUCUCCAGUUAUUGCUGGAAAGUUUGAAUUCGAAGAAAACCCUUCCCGUGGAAAUGGUGCCUAACACGGGGCACAACAUAGCUCUGUACCUCGAGUGUCUGCAGCCUUUGGACACCGGCAUUGGCUCCUCGUCUCAAACGUGGAGCCAACUUCUGACGGCCAUGGAGUCCUUUUUCAGGAGAAUUGCCCUGACACUUCCACUCAUUGAUAAUGUGGAACCACUUUUGAGGCUAAUGAUUCAGACUUUGAAGCUGCCUGGGACAUCAGGAUGCAAGGGAAUUUUGGAACCCUUCUCCAAAGUCUUAAGUUUCGGAGUGCAGAAUUUCAACUUGAAAUACCAGCAGCUGGCCGACCUUUGCUACCACUGCAGCAGAGCUUUCGUCAGGGAAAGAGAACGUCUGCUGCUAACUAGGGUCUUGGUUUUGGAGUUGGUCCAAGCACUCAAAUUCAAGUCGAACAUUCCCGACAUCAACUUUUUCCUCCUGGUCAAUUUCAUUCUGGAGGACGCUGGAGGUUUGCUGAUGACGACAGGGAUGGAGCAGUACCUGGGCGUCAACAGCGAGCUGCUCAGUGGUCCACCGAUCAACACCAACGCCUGCGAGUGCAUGCGCCAGCACAUCAAUGACGCCAUCGAGUUUCUCACAGACGUGCACACCCUGAGCAGAAUUAAGAGUAACUGCAAAGGAGUGUCUGUGGGUUUGAACGACGACACCCUGGGAGGGUUCAUCAAGAGCGGAAUCGCUCAAUACAUGGCGCUGGAGAUCACCAGGGGCAACAACCGGGACAACAGGGCCGUCAGCAGGUACCUCCCUUGGCUUUGCAAUGUGCCAACUACAAUUCAACAAGGCCCGAGGGAGUUCCUCGAGUGUAUGGGUCACAUCCGCCUCCUUUCGUGGCUCUUGCUGGGCUCACUUUAUCACACAGCCCUGAUUGGGCCUUCCAAGCCUCAACCGGGAGUUGGUCCAAACUCCAGCAGCCAAAGCGGUUCCAUAACCUGUCAGCCGAUUCCUCAAGAGGUCUCUUGUCACGUGGCUGACCACAUCCAAGUGAUUCUAGCUGGUUUUGUCGAGCAGAGCAAAGCGUCAGUUCUGCACAUGUCAUCGCUUUUCCACGCAUUCAUCCUCUCUCAGCUGUGGACUAUGUACUUGGAGCAGGGACCCAGUUCGAAUAUGGCAAACGCAGAGGCACACAAUGUGACCAUGACCAUUCUCUUCGACUUCUGGUGCAAAGUGACCCCUUGCAUUUUACAGUUGGUUUCUCAUUCAAAAGUGCUGGCAGAGAUGGUGAAUCUCCACUUUUUGUCAUUACUGGAGGCCCUUUUGGAGUGCAACUCGACUGUCCUGAGCAAACUACUGCCCCUGUGGUGUCCCGUUCUCUACUCGCACCAAAACCAGCUGCCAGGUCACCUUCAGGUGCGCCUCCAGUCCUGCAGGAACUACGCCCCCAACGACUCCUUCCAAACGGAAGCGCCGCCUCCGAGCGGCCCCCAGUCGACCGCCCCCGGUUCGAGUCAGUCACCCUCACACUCGGCCAUCCUCAACCAAGCCAAGCAGAAUCCUUCGGCCACCCCGAAGAAGGUCAAGGCCGCCAACCCUUUUCUCCUCAAGUGGCUGCAGCGGCUCCAGUUCAAAAUGGGCCAAAUCGAGCUGCAGUCCUCGGCAGCUACUCAGUUUUACUCGGUGUAAUUAAUGUCUAAUUAAUAACUUUUUUCUUUGAACACGAUUUUUCUUUCUUAUUAUAUUAAAUUGCACUUUCAAAACUGAUUCACCGGAACCCCAAAAUGACUGCCUAAUUAGUUGUGUUAUGAGAGAUAUAGAAUUGAGAGAAAAGAAUGAAUUAAAACAUGUAGACAUUUCAACGUUUUCAAAUUAUACCUGUUUCAAUUAAAGUAUUAAAGUGGCGUUAAAAAUGCCUGUGUUAAAUGUUAUUUGGUAAAAAUUUAAUUGAUGUUGAAUAAAAGU